AUGUUACCCUUUAUUUUUAUCUAUGUUGAUUUUUUUUAUAAUUGUGGUAAUAUGGAUUCUCAAGGAUUUACGCUCUCUGACUAUCAAAAACUUGAGCUGAAAUUUGUAUUUGAUUUAUUCAAGCCAGACAACGAUGGAAAAAUUACUAUAGAUCCCUUUAAGAACGCCUUAAUGGAGCUUGAAGAUUCAAGCGAACGAUAUUUAACUUUAAAUAACCCAGCAAACAGCAAUCUUUUUGUCCAUUCAGAACCAAGUAGUCCAGAAAUAAGGCAGACUCAGGAAUAUUUAUCAAUUAUUAAUAUUUCUCAGAUUUCAUCAUUUCCUGAUGGCUCAAGUGAAUGCGAUUUCGAAGCCUUCUCAAAAAUGUACGAAUCGAUUAUGUCACAAAACAAUUUAGAGGAAUCUUUAAUGCAAGCAUUUGCUUUGAUGGAUAUCAAAAAAACUGGGUAUAUUGAUGCUAAAGAUUUGAGGAGAGUUACAGAGAUUCUUGGGAUUAAUAUUCAAAAUGAGGAAGAGUCCAAAAGAUUGUUGAGCUUAAUUGAUACAGAAAAUAAAGGGAAAAUUACGUAUAAAGAAUUUUUGGAUUUCUUUAUAAAUGAUAUAGCCGAGCAUCUUUAUGGCACGGGCUUCCCGAUAUUUCCUGAAGUGAUAGAGGGAGUGGGUUAAACCAACUAAUAUUGGUUUGACCAAUUCCCCAAGUGAUAAAAAAUGAAAUGAUGCAGGGUUCUUACCAUUUGGGGGAGUUGGCUAAGCCAGCAUUCAUUGGUUCGAGCAACUCCCCUAUAAUCAAGUUCGGAAAGAUCGGGAAGCUCAAGCCACAAAUGCGCCUGAGCUAUAUAAAAAAAAACGACAAUCACUCAUCAGAGUAA